CUCCAAGCAGCUUUAUUUUCAGAUCACUUCUUCUUCUUCUUCUUCAAAGAAAAGGAUUCGAGAGCGAGGGAACUUAAUCGGAACCCUAACCCUAAUCGAAGAGGUGGCUCGAGGUAUUGAGGGUCGGCGAUUUAUUUGGAGAGCGUUCAUAUAAGGGAGCGGAGAUGAGUUCGACGGAGCAAAGCCGAGGCGGGGAGAUGGAGCUUACGGGUGCCAGAAUUUCGGUGCCGAACAAUGUGGCGACGACGGCACCGAAACCGAUAAGCCUGGUGAGGCUCUUCUUUUCAUGCAUGGUGGCCGGAGGUGUGCAGUACGGAUGGGCCCUGCAAUUAUCGCUGCUGACCCCCUAUGUUCAGACGCUUGGAUUGUCGCAUGCACUCUCUUCGCUGAUGUGGCUAUGCGGUCCCGUUGCUGGUUUUGUGGUUCAACCUUGUGUUGGUUUAUGGAGUGACAGAUGCCGUUCACGAUUUGGAAAGAGAAGGCCAUUCAUACUUGUCGGAUGCUUGCUGAUUUCUUCUGCAGUGAUUGUAAUUGCUUUCUCCUCUGACAUUGGCUACAAGUUAGGUGACACCAAGGAACAUUGCAGUGUGUACCAUGGUCCACGAUGGCGUGCUGCAUUUGUUUUUGUAGCUGGAUUUUGGAUGCUUGAUCUAUCAAACAAUGCAGUCCAGGGUCCAGCCCGAGCUCUCAUGGCUGAUCUCUCAGGGCCUCAUGGAUGCAAUGCAGCGAAUGCAAUAUUUGCUUCAUGGAUGGCUAUUGGAAACAUCCUUGGUUAUUCAUCUGGUGCUAGUGGAGAGUGGCACAAGUGGAUUCCUUUCCUGUCAAAUAAGGCCUGCUGUGAAGCUUGUGCAAAUUUGAAAGGGGCAUUCUUAGUUGCUGUGGUCUUCCUUAUAUUCAGUGUGAUGGUAACCUUUGUUGUUGCUAAAGAAGAGCCUCUUCCAUCCAUCAAAGGAAGAAUUGAGGCUGCAGAGGAUAGGGUGGGAAUAAUGGACAUUUUUAAAAGUAUCAAGAAUCUUCCACCAGGAAUGCCUUCAGUGCUUCUUGUCACUUCCCUCACUUGGCUUUCAUGGUUUCCAUUCAUCCUUUAUGAUACCGACUGGAUGGGCCGCGAAGUUUUUCAUGGAAAUCCGAAGGGAACCCCAGCUCAGAUGAAAGCAUAUAACGAUGGAAUCAGGGCUGGUGCAUUCGGCUUGCUAAUAAACUCGGUUGUUCUUGGAGUGACCACAUUCCUGAUAGAGCCAAUGUGCCGCAAGUUCACCCCUAGAAUAGUGUGGGUGGCAAGCAACUUCUUUGUUUUUAUCUGCAUGGCUGCCACUGCCAUCAUCAGCACUUGGUCUUUGCACAGCUACCAUGGCAGCAUCCAGGAUGUUAUUAUCACUCCGGAUGGUAAAGUGAAAGCAGCUGCUCUGUUUGUGUUUUCAAUCCUCGGUGUUCCAUUAGCGAUUUUGUACAGUGUACCUUUUGCGGUAACAGCACAGUUAGCUGCAAACGAAGGAGGUGGCCAAGGGCUGUGUACUGGAGUCCUUAAUAUUUCUAUCGUCAUACCGCAGGUGAUCAUAGCACUAGGAGCGGGGCCAUGGGAUGCUAUCUUCAACAAAGGCAAUAUCCCUGCCUUUGCUCUUGCAUCUGCAUUCGCCUUCUUGUGCGGUGUUGUCGGGCUCUUCAAGCUUCCAAGACUCUCUCGCUCUAACUUCAAAGCUAGUAUGGGCGGCAUGCACUGAGACCUCACUAUUCCUCUCCUUUCUGGUUAUCCUGUUGUUUUGCUUCAUGCUUUAUAGGUAUUGAAGCCCCUCUAAUGAUGUGGUUUAGUAUUAAAUGUGUAAUAAAAUAAUGUAAACUUGAAUUAGGAAGAUCUUAAUAAUAGAUAAGCUGUAGGGUUUGUGUUAUGUUGGUUGGAGCCUUAACAGGCCCCCUCUCCUCUCCAAAUAUAGUGUAGUUUCACACUUUGUAGAUCAAUAGCUUGACAAAAAAGUGUCAUGCCAGUUCUAAAAUGCCUCUGGCAGCUUGUAGUUUGCCUUUCUGUACCACAAAAUGAGAAAAUAAAAUUAGUCAAUGAGUGCUUGUUUAAUUUAUCUGUAA